AUGGAAACGGAGGUGCUUGUUUGUGAAACUGGAGAGACAGAAGUUUUUGAGGAACUUGGCGAUGAUGAAGUUGAAAAUGAUGUCGAGGAAACAAAGGUUGUCGAUUUGAUGUCUGUUGAAGGACUAGAUGAUUCAUAUGUUGAUAUUGAUGUGGGAAUGGUCAAAAGACUUGUCUUACUAGAAGGAUCUACGAGAUUGUUAGUUGUUUGUGAGGAAUUGUCAGAUUCGCUGAGCCCCGUUGAAAAAACACUACUGGUUGUCUCGGAACAUGAUGUUGCAGAGGAGCCAAUGGUCUCGCCUGUAGUGAUGAUGAUUGAAAGCCCCGAUGUCAUCGAUAGAUUGAUUCCCGUAGAGGUUGCACUGGUCUUAGAGAUGGAACUAGUAUGGUUAGCCACCAUGAUAGUGGUGCAAAGACAAGCACAUGAAGUUGAAUUAGACGCAUCCAGCUCGCUUCCACAGACGUAA